UCGUGUUUUAAUUUUUUUCAAAAGUUGUUUUAACGUAAAAAGCGUUAUAAUAUUAUGGCAGCCCAUAAUAUUGAUUGUGAGUUAUUAAUAAAAGAGGUGCAAAAAAGACCAUCGUUGUGGAACAGCACCGACAAAAAUUAUAAGGACAAAACAAAAAAAAAUAAAGCAUGGUGCGAGAUCGCCUUAAGUUUUAUUAUUGACUUUCAAGAGAAAAAUGAAUCUGAGCAAAAAAUAAUUUGUAAGUAUUUUCUUCUUUUUUUUUUUUUUUUAAUUACGUAAUUAAAAUAAAUACGAUAAAAUACGCACGUACACAAUUCACAUAUAUGUCAAUUUGUUUAUAAACAAAAUUCAAAUUAUAACUAAAAAUUAAGUAAGUCAAUUAAAUUAUUAAAGUAAUUUUGUAAGCUAAGUAAAUAUACUUAGCUUAAAGAUAGCUUAAAGAUAUUAUAAAUAUAUAAUGCUUUAGUUCAUAUUUUGUCAUUUUGUCAAUUCAAUAACUGUCCUUCAUUAACAAAAUAAUUUAGUAAUACACCGCGGAAACGGUCGGUACUUCGACUUCCCGAAUAGUUUUCAACAAUGUUAGUUAUUUGGUAUAGUUUAUAUAGUUAUUUUAUAUAGUUGGUUAUUCAAAACCACUGAUUACUAGUGUAUCGUCAAAGUUGAAUCCGUCUCGGUCGCGAGCAAAAUCAUGUAAAACGCAACAACAUUGAUUAACGAUAUUGAUUGCGAAAUCUACUUGUACAGCAAUCGGUCUGUGAAAAAUACGCCACUUAUUCGAAAGAAUGCCAAAGGUAUAUUCUAUGUAUCGUCUUGCUCAUAAUAGGCGAUAGUUAAAUUCUUUUUUUUCGAACUGGCAAAUGAGUACCAGAAUACGGUCAGAGUAAGUGUUUUGUUCAAUUCAAAUGCUUCUUUACCAACAAAACCGUAAGGUAAUGUUUGUAAUAUCCACACCUGGUACUCAUGUUGAUGCGGGUGUAUUUGAAUUGAUUUGUUUUUAAUUUUCCUAUAAUGUGCCGAGUUUUUAAAGACGGUUAAAUCUGAAUCUUUUCCAUAAGAUCUAACAUCUACGUACACGAACUAACAGUUUGCGUCGGUAAUAGCAAGCAGCCUGAUGGAAAAAUAAUGCUUAUAUUGCAACGAAUCACUUUUUUACGGUUUUAUGACACGGAUACGCUUAACAUCAACAGCACCAAAGCAAUUUGAAUAAUUUUCUCUGUUAUUGAAUUCUUCUGCAAUUAUUAGCCACUUAUUCUAAUUAGGAACGGGAAUACAUAUUUUCGAAAAAACUAUUCUGAGCAGAGUUCAGUCGGUAAUAUUAUUUUGUCAUCAAUAUAUAGUAAAAAAAUUACAUAAUAAUUUAAUUUUAAUAAUGUUUGUUUGAUAUUGUACCUAUUUUCCUGUUCUUUCGUUUUUCCCGGAUUUUCCAAUAUAUUGAGAAAACUCAUGAGAAAAUCAAAAAAUUACCUCACUAAAAUACCACCCCAGUCAGAUUUCCUUUCAGAAAAAGUGCUGUGCAUGUGAAUCGAAGCAAUAAUUCUGGUAGAAAAGUUGUUUAAAGAUAAAAAAAAAAAUAUCAUUGUAAAACCAUAAGCUCCACUCGAAAUCUAAAAUUUAAAAAAUUUAAAACUAAUAACUACAAUAUUUAAAAAUAAUUGAAAUUAAAUAAUCCUAAACCAAAUAAUUAAAAACAUCCUCUAGAUAACUGUUAUGCAAAAAAGUAAGUAAUUGUUUUUUUUUUUUUUUAUCUCAGUGCAAGAUCUAACGUCAAAAUGGCGUACAAUCCGGGAUAAUUAUAUUCGAUACUUGAAAAAACAAAAUAAAUGUAAAAUUUCUGGUUCGGCGACUUCAAAAAUAAGACAGUACAUCUACGGUGAACAGUUAUCAUUCCUGAGGAAAAAUAAAGAAUCACGAAUUACCGAUUCUAGUUACGUAAAAACUGAAGAAGAUGGAUCAGCCAAUUUCGAUGGAAUUGAGGUAGAUUCGGUGACUCGUGAGGAUGAUAUAAACCAUGAAAUAACAGCAACAACAUCAAACGAAAACUCCACCAAUAAAAGAAAAAAGCCAAGUGUGGAACAUACAUUAAUCGACUUUAUGAAUAGCCACAAAGCGGCAAAGAAAACCUACGAAAAUGAUGAAGAUCUAGCUUUUUUUUAUUCAUUACUCUCAUCCGUUAAAUCUCUUACUAUGGAUGAGAAAUUUACAUUCCGAAUGCAAACAAUGCAGCUUCUUCAAAACAUAAAAAAACUUAAACAGAGCCAAUCCGAUAAUACUCCAAGCAUCAAUGUACUCGCAAAUGUUCGCCCACCGUCAUCUUCAUCUACCGUGUCUCAUCACUCUCAAUUCAGCGAUGAAUAGUCAAACGAAUAUUAUACAAAUAUGGAACGUUUUCGUUAUUUAAAUCCAAAUUCAUAAUCAUGUUUUUUUAUGUAGG